AUGACACGUCCACCGCAGCCACCCGUUGCGGUUGGGGAGAAGGGCCCCCCGGGGGGUCCUGUGCGGGGGAUGUGUGACACAGGAGAAGGGCUGUUCACCUUUCAGACACGAGAAGGAGAAAUGAUAUAUCAGAAAGUCCAUUCUGCAACACUGGCAAUAGCAGAGCAACAUGAAAGAUUAAUGAUGGAGAUGGAGCAGAAGGCACGGCUCCAGACCAGUCUGUCUGAACCAAUGACAUUAUCCAAGUCGAUCUCACUUCCUCGUAGUGCAUACUGGCAUCACAUCACCCGGCAGAACAGCGUUGGAGAAAUCUACAGUUUACAAGGUCACAGCCUCGGCUCAGCGAAGGUGUCCCGGGCACAGACAUUUCCCAGCUACCCCUCGGAGCAGGACGAGGAGCACCAGCAGUCC